AUGGCUUCAGGUCCCAAGCACCAACGGGCUCUCGGGAUUGUGACUCUGCUACCCUGCUUAUUUCAGGUUGUGUUGGGUCAUGGCUCACUUCACGAAUACGGCUCAGUCCCGCUUACAUUGAGGCCGGUAGCCGUUGACGUGACAUGCCCCUUACCAGUGGACGACAAUGCGGUUCAGAGCUCACCAUGGACGCACCCACCAGAAUGCGAGCACACAACUGACGGCACCGUGAAGUACUGCGCCUACACCAACUCAAACCACGGUCCCCGCGGAUGGAGCAUCAUCACUACCCCGGAGACCGCGGCCAACAGCGCCUCCUUCCUUACCCAGCAGCUGAAUGUAUCGAGCUCGCGUGAUGCGCCAUACAAGAUGGUCGACAUCCCCGGCAAGGGCAAGGGUAUCGUCGCCACGAGGCCUAUCAAGCAGUACGAGGAAAUCCUCGUCGAGCACGCGGCCAUGUUAGUGGACAUCGCCUUCACAGUGAAGGUCCAGGCCACCCGGGGCUACCGGCUCUUGCACGCGGCCGUCGACCGGUUGUCGGACCCGGUCAGUGUCUUGGAGCUGGGCAAAAGCAACGGAUUGGCGCAGGACGAGGUGGAGAAUAUCCUCCGGACUAAUGCUUUCAACACGCCUAUGGAAGGGGUGCCGCACCUUGCGUUGUACCCGACUGUUUCGAGAAUCAACCACGGCUGUAACCCAAACGCAAACACGCGGCCCAUGCCCGAAACCCUCCAAAUCAGCAUAAUCGCCUCCAGAGAUAUUGCCGCCGGCGAGGAAAUCACCCACAGCUACCUCCCCCUCGGUCUCACCUCCACCGAACGCGCCCUCAAACUCCACCGCCAAUGGAACUUCACCUGCACAUGCCCCCUCUGCGCCUCCCCACCCGCCACCCUCGCCGCGUCCGACACGCUCCGCCGCUCCGUCUCCCGCCUCCGCAAGGAAGCCAUCGCGGCCUUCCAGGCCGGCAAGCCGUACGCGGCGCUGCGGCUGACGCGGCAGGUGGCGGGGCUGUUGGAGGAGGCCCCGGAGGGGGAGUUGCGGCCGUUGCUGGGGGAGCAGUACGAGAAUAUGGCGAGGGUGUGGUUUGUGUUGAGGGAUAGGGGGGAGGCAGAGAGGUGGGGGCGGAGGGCGUUGGAGGUGUUGGAUGGGCCGGGGGGGGCGGGGGAGAGGGAGUUGGAGGGGUUGUGGAGGCGGUUUGAGGAGGAGGAGGGGGGACGGUAUUGA